UUGAAAAUAUGCUGAAGAGCUUAAAGUAUGCAAAUACAAAACAUCCUAAAACUUUAGUUAGAAAUACAAUUUUGUGUUUACAGUUUCAAACUCUGAUUCAGUAAUCUACUUUUAAUGCAUUACCUGUCUUAUUCCUUUUACAAUAACAAACCCAAAGCUUUUCUUUUACUUAACUAGUUGGGUUAAUCUUUUGUUUUCUGUCAUGUUCUGACAAUUACAAUGAUAGUGUUCUAUUAGGGGACGUCAAGAACAACAUUUGAGGAGCAAGAAGCCAAACCCAUAAAGGAUUUAUUUCUAAUCUCUUUCCUUGCUAGACACUUACAUUCUGAUUUCGUCUAGUAAUGAACAUUAGGUAUUUUGGACGGGGCAAACAGCUCAAAGACAUUCUUACGGAUUCUAGCUCCUUACGGAUUCUUACGGUUGUAGUCGUGGAGAAAUUAUCUCAAUUAACUGAAGAGGCUGGGGGAGUGGGGGAGGGGGGAGGCAGGAAGCACUUCUGGAGUUGUCAAGCACAGACAGGAACAGCUUUGGGCAGGGACCCAUCACCUUCACCAACACACUGGCGGAGGUGAAACCAGGGUUGGGUCCGGGCAGUGACGCCAGGAGGUGCAAGAAACUUAAUGCCGCGCGGCACGGGAGGCUCCGGGCUGCAGCGCGCCCGCGCUCCGCCCGGAGCCCCUGAUUGGGUGCGCCUCAAUCAGCCCUCUCCAUCCCGCUCCCCGCCGGGGAAGCUGGCAGAGCCCAGCGCUGGCUACCCAGUCCUCGCCUGAGUUUUAAAGUGGGUAAGUUUUGUUCUUGAGACGACUGAUUUUCGCUCCAGUGCCAGGAGGAGAGCCAACUUCCGACUUGGGAGUUAAGGAGCUGCGCUUGGGCUCGGUUGCACUUAACUUUCAUGAAAGGAAGUACAGGAAUAUCUGCAGGAAGCCAGCCACUGGACCUAAUGAAGGAUGCCUGUGUGGAAACAUUUUGAUGUGUCAGUGUCCUUAUUCUACAGUGUGUGCCAUUCUUUUGCAGUCUCAGAGAGAAUAGUAUGAAAGAAAAUAUUUUGUGAAAUAAGAAGCCCCUUUUACACACUUAACAACCAACAUGUAUUAAGAUGGACAUCUAUUCGACAGAAUAUGAAGUUCUAUGGUCUCAAAGAAGCAAGCACCCAUUGAAAACUGAUCCUAAAUAAAAACAGACUUGAAUGGACAUUCAGAAUGUUUGUUGGUCUUAGAAGAGUAAAAAAAUGGCAGUUUGUUCAUUUAUUUGCCACUUGUUUUAUCCUAAGCCUCAUGUUUUUUUGGAAACCAAUUGAUAAUAACAUUGUGAGCCAUAUGAAGUCCUACUCCUACAGAUACCUCAUCAACAGCUAUAACUUUGUGAAUGACAGCCUGUCUCUUAAGCGCAGCACAGAAGGGGCUACUCGCCACCAGUACUUGAUUAACCACGAGGAGAAGUGUCAAGCACAAGAUGUCCUCCUUUUACUGUUUGUAAAGACUGCUCCUGAAAACUAUGCUCGACGAUCUGCAAUUAGAAAAACGUGGGGCAAUGAGGAGUAUGUUCGGUCUCAGCUUAAUGCCAACAUCAAAACUCUGUUUGCCUUAGGAACACCUUCUAGUUCACUGAGGAAAGAGGAACUGCAAAGAAAACUGGUUUGGGAAGAUCAAAUGUACAAUGACAUAAUUCAGCAAGACUUUGCUGAUUCUUUCUAUAAUCUUACUCUUAAAUUACUUUUGCAGUUCAGUUGGGCAAACAGCUUUUGUCCACAUGCCAAAUUCCUUAUGACUGCUGAUGAUGACAUAUUUAUUCACAUGCCAAAUCUUAUUGAAUACCUUCAAAGUUUAGAACAAAUUGGUGUUCAAGACUUUUGGAUUGGUCGUGUUCAUCGUGGUGCCCCUCCCAUUAGAGACAAACACAGCAAAUACUAUGUGUCCUAUGAAAUGUACCAGUGGCCGGCUUACCCUGACUAUACUGCUGGAGCUGCCUAUGUGAUCUCUAGUGAUGUAGCUGCCAAAGUCUAUGAGGCAUCACAGACACUGAACACUAGUCUGUACAUAGACGAUGUGUUCAUGGGCAUCUGUGCCAAUAAAAUGGGAAUAGUACCACAAGACCACAUGUUUUUCUCUGGGGAAGGUAAAACUCCUUACCAUCCCUGCAUCUAUGAUAAAAUGAUGACAUCUCAUGGGCAUGUAGAAGACCUGCAGGACCUUUGGAAGGAUGCCACAGAUCCUAAAGUAAAAACAGUUUCAGAAGGCUUUUUUGGUCAAAUCUACUGUGGGAUGGUUAAGAUAGUUCUCCUUUGCAAACUGACCUAUGUGGACACAUAUCCUUGUAGGGCUGCCUUUGCCUAAUAAUACUUGAAUGUUGUAUGUUUUCACUGUCACUGAGCCAAACCUGGAUGGAAAAACCUUUAAGCAUUUGUCUGUACCCUAAGUAGAAAGACUAGGAGACAACAAAGAAAUAUUUUGAAAUCCCAGCCUACCAGAAUGUUCCUUUGAUUCUAGAAUCUACUCAAUGUAAUUUACCUACUUCAUUGCCUGAAUUUAUAUUUAGAAAAGGUUUAUGAAAACAAAACUAAAGGGACAUGCUCUCACUUAAUGCCACCUGUAUAUUUGAGGUGUAGAGAAGUUAUUAAGGUACCUUGGUUAGAAUAACUGCUUUGGAAAAUACCAAGUAAGUAUAUAGUACAGUAUUUCAAAGAAAUGAAUAUAUUGUUAGACCAGGUGUACAAGCUAAUUUUUAUUUAAUAGCACUUGGUAGAGAUCAUGGGGCCAGGGAAGGAUUGGCAUGGAACAAAGUACAUGAAUCUGGUAAAAGCAAGUCUCCAGCUUCUUUAGAAACAGCCAAAUCACUUGUGACAUCCAUGUAGCUCUUUUACCUAGAUAGUUGGAAUCACUUAAAAAUAUAUUUAUGUCUUUUUUUCGCAGUUUAAUGUGAAAUUUGAGAAGUCAUUAGCUCUGCCCUAACUGGUACUUUAUAUGGGAUUUUUUGAUUAUUAGAAAUGACACAAGCCACAGGCAGUUUAUGAUCCAUAGGGUCCUUCUCUAGGGAGAAAUCAUUAAUUCAAGCAAGCUGAUUUCAGUUUAGUGACUUUUUCAACUGAUGUUUAUAUACUCAAUAUCAGUCUGUGUUUAAGGCAGUUACUUGAAUGUAAUUUGCAUAGAAGAAUAUAAUAAUGGAGAAGACUUAAAAAUAGAAGAGAUCAAAAUUCUCUCUUCUCCAUAAUUUACAAAAUAAAAUUCUUAGUGUCUAAUAUUAAUGAUUACUAAAAUUAGCCCACCCCUCUCCAACAAGGUCUCAUGAACCACAGUACUUUGUUCCACAUUCAGAUUUUAAAAUUGAGAGUAUUAAACAUCAAAUCAAAGCUAUAAUAGCUUAAAAAAUAUUUUCUUUUAUCAAUAACUCUCAGAGGGAUCUUCAACUUCUAAAUAUUUUAAAUUUGAAAGCAGAAUGAAAAUGAUAGAGAAGUCACCAGAAUGAGGUUUAAAGUAUUUGUAAAGCUGUAUGUUCCUUGUAAUCAAAGUGAUGUGGGAUCUAAUAGAGUAAAUUUUAUUUUUACACAGCAGGAUGUGGCCAUGAUGCAAACAACCUCCCCUCACUACAGAAGAAUUAGGUGAUGUCUGCUUUUGGGGGAUUGAUUAUCUGAGGGGCAAAAUAGUGACUUAAGCAAAGGCCAUUAAACUGAUUAUAGAAUCUCUGAGGAGGUGCCUAUUAGGGAAAACUAGGAUGUCUUGUUUAAUUAGGUGAUACUUGAAACAUGCAAAACAAAACAGCUAAAAUAGAAUUCUCAGUAAACUGGAUGUUGAUAUACUUAAUAUUUUGCAGGUAGCUUUUUAAUGUUUACAGAAACUGUUAAUUUUUUUUCUAUUUCGAAAAUUGAGGCUUGUUUACAUUGAUUGCUCAGAUAAUUUAGAAUUUUUAACUAAUGUCAAAGCUGCAGUGUCAACCAUUCUAGCUUGUAGUGACUUUUAGAGUAGGUUCAGGUUUUCUAGAUUAUUACUAUCUAAAUUUUCUGACCAAUCUUAAAAACUAGAA